AUGGUGGAUGCCUUCUCGACCGUUCGCAAUCUGGCUUGUUUCCAUCCUUCUUCUUCUUCUCUUCACCACUAUGACAGAAUUGGCACCAUGCGAAUGACGGAUGCAGCAACGUCAGAAGAAGAUGAUAGUGACAAAGAAAGACCUCCCUUUUCCAAGCUCAAGUGGAAGAAGAAACGUUAUCUGAUGAUGAAGGAUGUUCGCAAGCUUAUCGACGCUGGGGAUAACCGUGCACCUCGCAAGGCUCAUGAGAUUGUCACCCGAAUGCACAAACUCAGCGAGAUAUACCAAGAUGAAGAUCUGCGUCCGGAUGAGCAAGUAUACAAUCUCUGGAUCAAUGCCAUUUCCAAGUGCUGUCAAAAAGCCGAUGCUGGAAAGCAAGCCGAAGAUGUGCUCCACGAAAUGCGAAAACAUCAUGUCCAACCGAGUAUUGUCAGCUACACCACUGUCAUGAAUGCCUAUGCGCAAUCAUCGGGACGACGCAACCGAGCCGCACAAGAGGCCGAGCGGGUACUCUAUGAUGUCCUGGAUCAACAACCCCAAUUAAAAGUCAGUGCCAUUACCUGCGACACCGUCCUCAAGGCAUGGGCCAAACGAGGGGAUAUGGAGGGGGCCGAACGAGCCCAAUUGAUUUUGGAACGGUUGGAACAAACGCAACUGAGUGAUAUUCAACCCACAUCGCAUUCCUACGGAACCGUCAUUCAUGCCUGGGCUACCUGUCGGGGAGGAACGGAAGCGGCCGAAAAGGCACAAGAGAUCCUCGACAAACUGUUGCAACCCAAUCAUGCGGUCAAGCCGGAUACCGUGGUGUUUAACAGUGUUAUUCAUGCUUGGGCCAAUUCCAAAGACAGCCGUGCUGGACCCAAAGCGGUAGAAUUGCUCCACAAAAUGAAAGAUUUGCACAAUCCACAAAAAGGCUUUCACACGGCCCCCGACACGUUUACCUACAAUACCGUUUUGUCGUCGUGGAGUCACAGUGAUGACAUGGGGGCUGCCACCGAGACGGAACGUGUCCUCAAGGAAAUGCAAGAGGCUUACAAAGAGUCACCCGAAACGGCACCGGCACCCAAUACUGUGUCCUACAACUCUGUCCUUCACGCCUGGUCUCGCAGUACCACUGCUGGGGCGGUCAAGCGAGCCCAAGCCGUAUUGGAUUUCAUGAUCCGAUCCAAACAAGAAGCCAUUGCUCCGGAUGUCUUUUCCUUUACAUCCGUCUUGAAUUCAUUGGCCAAAUCCAAAGAACCCGGAAAGGCCAUGAAAUGCCGCCAACUGCUCUUUCAAAUGCUCCAAUUAUACGACAAUACACAACGGCCAUCUCUCAAACCGACACAAGUGCCAUUCAAUGCCGUCUUGAAUGCGUGCGCCUUUUCCGCAUCCGAUACCACUGACAAGGAGAAAAAGGAUGCCGUGCAAAUUGCCAUUUCCACCUUUUACGAACUCUCGCAACGAGCCAAACCCGAUACCGUGAGCUAUGGCAAUCUCAUGAAGUGUUUUCACAAUCUCCUUCCACCGGGGCAACGUCGAAAUGAAAUGGCCUUGCAACUCUUUGACAAUUGUUCCAAGGCAGGAUUGGUGGGUGAUUUGGUAUGGAACGAAGUGCGACGGACUGUGCAGAGUCGCGUGUUGGUGAAAGCUUUAAAGCUGGAGAAUUCGUCGUUGAGCAGUCUGCAAGUGCGCGAUUUGCCGCGAUCCUGGACGAAUCGAGUGCAAGGAGACAAGCUGGCGGCGCGACGACGAGAUCAGGAACGGCGAAAACGACGACAACAACAACAGCCAACCAGAAGACGGGCUUCCAAUAAUAGGAGGUCAGGACCCAAUUUGCAGAUUUCGGAACCGAGUUACCAAUCGGGAAAAGAUCUGUAG